AUGCUGAAAGUGUCCCCUUGGAAAGGUGUUAUCCGUUUUGGAAAGUGUGGGAAAUUAAGUCCCCGUUUUUUUGGACCGUUUAAAGUCCUGGCAAGAGUAGGGCAACAAGCUUACAAGUUAGAACUACCACUGGAAAUGGCGGGAAUCCAUAACACAUUCCAUGUCUGUUACCUUCGCAAGUGCUUGGCGGAAGAAGAAAGUGUAAUUCCACUUUCGGAGAUUCACGUGGAUGAAGGCAACCGGUGUGUUGAGGAACCGGAAGCCAUCUUGGAAAGAAAUACCAAGGUGUUGAGGCACAAGGAAGUUGUCAUGGUUAAAGUUCAAUGGAAACAUCACCGAGGUUCAAACGUAACAUGGGAAGCGGAAGAGGAUUUGAAGAGACGUUACCCCCGCCUUUUCAAAUGA